AGAAAGAAAGAGGGAGAGAGGAGGAGGGAGAGAGAAGUGGGGAGGGAGGAAGAGAGAAAAAGGGAGAGGAAGGAGAGAGGAAAGAAGAGAGAAAGAGGGAGGAGAAAGAAAGAAAGAAAGAAAGAGGGAGAGAGGAGGAGGAGAGAGAGAAGGGGAGGGAGGAAGAGAGAAAAAGGAGAGAGGAAGGAGAGAGGAAGAGAGAGAGAGAGAAAGAGAGAGGAGGAGGGAGAAAGAAAGAAAGAGGAGAGAGAGGGAGGGAGGAGAGAGAAAGAAGUGGGGAGGGAGGAAGAGAGAGAAAAAGGAGAGAGGAAGGGAGAGGAAAGAAGGAGAGAGAGGGAGGAGAAAGAAAGAAAGAAAGAAAGAGAGGAGAGGGAGGGAGAGAGAAGUGGGGAGGGAGGAAGAGAGAGAAAAAGGGAGAGAGGAAGGAGAGAGGAAAGAGGGAGAGAGAGAGAGAGAGGGAGGGAGAAAGAAAGAAAGAGGGAGAGAGGGAGGAGGAGAGAGAGAAAUGGGGAGGGAGGAAGAGAGAGAAAAAGGGAGAGAGGAAGGGAGAGAGGAAAGAGGAGAGAGAGAAAGAGGGAGGAGGAGAGAAAGAAAGAAAGAGGGAGAGAGGGAGGAGGAGAGAAAGAAGUGGGUGAGGAGGAAGAGAGAGAAAAAGGGAGAGAGGAAGGAGAGAGGAAAGAAGGAGAGAGAAAGAGGGAGGGAGAAAGAAAGAAAGAAAGAAAGAGGGAGAGGGAGGGAGGAGAGAGAGAAAUGGGGAGGGAGGAAGAGAGAGAAAAAGGAGAGAGGAAGGGAGAGGAAAGAAGGAGAGAGAAAGAGGAGGGAGAAAGAAAGAAAGAAAGAAAGAGGGAGAGGGAGGGAGAGAGAGAGAGAAGUGGGGAGGGAGGAAGAGAGAGAAAAAGGAGAGAGGAAGAGAGAGGAAAGAGGAGAGAGAGAGAAAGAGAGAGGGAGGAGGAGAGAAAG